AUGCCUCGUUCUACUUCUUUACGUCGUUUUCACAGUCAAAUCUGUACGGUCGCUUCCAACCAUACGUUUGAAACUAUAUCAGAGUUUCGAAUUCCUUUCAAUUUUCAAUCUGGAUAUCCCAAAUUAGUGGAUUCAUGUAAUGGCAUAUUGCGUGUCACUGAUCAUAGGAAAUUUGCGAUUAUGGAUGUGUACUCGUGGAACCCUAGUAUUAGAAAAUUUAAGAGGUUGCCUGAUACUUGCUUGACCCAGUUACGUACUGUGAGACUAGGAUUUGGGUAUGAUUCCCAAAAUAAUGAUUACAAGGUUGUCAGGAUUUCAUGGACUCGUGCCAAACCUAUGCCUCCCCCUGAGGUUGAGGUGUACUCAUUAAGUUUGGAUUCAUGGAAAAGAGUUGAACUUGGAAUCUCAUGUCGGCCCAAAUUUAAUUUUACUUUGACAUUCCCAUUUGUGAGUGGACAUUUGCAUUGGAUGAUAACAAAGAUAGAAGGAGGAGGUGGGCAAUAG